GAAGAGUAUAGAGAGGAUAAACCCUCGAAAAAGAAGAAACGGCUGGAAGGAAGAAGGGAACGGUUGAAGCGAAGGAAAGGUAUUCGAUUUCGAUUCGAAAGCCAGCCCGGUUAAAACCGGUGGAAAGGUAUAUAUAUAUGAUGGCGGUGUGCAUGUUUUGGCUUCUCACGUACGUGGGACAAGGUCUGGACCUGGCCGUGGGCAAUCGUCCGGUGAUCAUCAUGCAGGGUGCGCAGGAGCAGCAGGACUACCGGCACGGUAGCGGUAUCAGAAAGAAGAGCGAGCUGAAUUCGGUAGGCAAUAACCUGUUGCACUUCAGAAUAUAUCCUCCCGAGGCCUCUCACCGGGACGACCUGUCCAAUUGGCUCCUAUUGAACGACGAGCCACGGAUCUCCUCGUGGACACCAGCCGGCAUAUUGAUCGACGAUAUGAUCAGGGAGCCGAGGGAGCUUCAGACCGUCUUUUUUGCCCUGUCCCCCGCCAUGCUGAACACGCUCUACUCGGAGUACGUGAACACCGCUGCCUCGCAACCGGCCGACCACCACUUUCUCCACGAGGAUCAACAACAGCAAGCCGUUGGGGGUCCGUUGGUCGGCCAACGCGGCAAAAAGUUGCGAAUCGACUGUAGACACUCCAGGAACACGGUCAGCCUGCCUAUAAGAGUGUGCGACGACGAGAAGACGGGGCGGAACAGCCUCCAAGAAGCCAGACAAUCGAAUUACGACGAUCUCUUCGAGCAGAAAUUGAACACUGCUGCUAAUAUGAAGACUGACCCAACGUCACGGGGACCCGAGAAGCUUCAACGGGAUUAUCAGAAUGCCGCCACGUUUGUCUCGAGGCCACCGUUCGGCCUGGACGCGGCCAAACCUCCCGGAAAGAGGAGCCAAACUCCUGUUGGACGCCGCUCAAUCGACCUCUCAGGAGAGUCGGCCCCGCAUCAAGCUCAACCGCCGUCCUCCCUCGGGAACGGUAUCAGCGUCGCUUCUCAACUUAUGCUCAGAUCCACCAGGGGAAGCAUACAGUACGACGUACCGCAAAUCGAAUGUCCUAUCUCAGAGGACGGGAUGGAAAGGUUUGCGUGUCCCUCAGCGGACAGAAUGGGUAGAUACCAUUGCAUCGACGAUCACGCCUUGUGCGACGGUUUUAUAGACUGCCCUACAGGCGAAGACGAGGACAGGCAAGCCUGCAUGUUUUACAAAACUGUAAGUCUUCAAUAUUUUUUCAACACCCUAUACAAUCAUCAACACAAAAUUUUACGUAAAAUUCGUACAUUCCCUCUUUAUUUUCUACCACUAUAA